UCGAUUUUUUAAAGUGUAUUGUGUUCGUGAGAAAUGAGAUUUGUGGACUUUGGAAUGUUUUUUUUUAUCGUGUUUGUUCGAACACUUUUUCAUAUAGUUAUUUAAAUAUAGCUUUAUUAUUACUGAAGCUUGGAAUAUUUUUAUAUGUCAAGAAUUAAUCUAAAAUUAUGCCCUUUCAUAAUAUGUAAAGCAUUCCGGCCCAGCUCCAUUUUUGCGAGGGGUCAUUUUCAAAAUCAUUCGCGUCACGUAAAUAUGGCGUGACGUCAUCAGCCGCCUUCAUCUGGGGACCGGGACCUGGACCUUCCCACCUCCCAGUGCCCUUCCAUCAGUGUUUAGUGUAAUUUCCUAUAUUUUCCAGCUGUUUUCAUGCAUAGAGAAGAAUAGAAAGAGGAGGAAAGAAGGAGAAAUGAAGAAGGAGGAAAAAGAAGAAGGAAGGGAAGGAGGAAGACGAGAAGGAAAAGAGGAAAUAUUAAGAAGACAAUAUUUUCACUGAAUUUCCAGCGUUUUAAAGGUGGGGACCAGAUACACCAGGGAACAGUACAGCAAGACAGUCGCACAGUCGUUCCUGGUGCGGCUGAUGCGUUUGAGCAUGUCCAGCGAUGCGGAGGUGCGGCUGACAGUGCAACACAUCCUGCACACACUGCUCCACCGGCACCACAAUGCUCACUACCUGCCCAAACCUACGCAGCAGACGAGCAGUAAGGAGAGGCUGAGAGAAAGAGAGGAAGGACCGCGUACUUUGCUGUGCUCCCAGCCCAAGGCAAGCAGGCACGUGCCCACACUGCCACACUCCCUGCACGCCCACAGGGCCACAGGCAGCAGACGAGCCGCAAGGUGCCAGUGACAGGACUCCCUCCGUGCAUCUCUCCUGCAGCCCCAGGCUUCCUGCAGGACCGGACGCAGCCAGGAGCAGCGUUGCAAUGGAGGGUGCAAGGCCAGGAAACAGCAGCAGCAGCAGCAGCAGCAGCAGCAGCAGCAGUGGCAGCAGGAACAGCCUGGAGCAGCGGGCGACCCUGGGCGUGAGGACCUACACUUGUGACCACUGCGGCAAAGUGUGCUCCACCAAGGCUGCCAUUGCCAGACACGUCCUCUCCCAUGCCAGCAAGACAAGGCUGAGAGGCAGGAGUGGCCCCGCUGAACACACUGCCACCCACACUGGUGGCAGGAACCACAAGUGUGACCUCUGCGGGAAGACAUUUGUCCGGAAGAGUCAUCUUGCCUCACACAUCCUCACCCACACUGGGGAGAGAAAGUUCCAGUGCCUGGAGUGUGGCAAAAGAUUUAUUGAGAAAAGUUCCCUUAAGAAACACAUCCUCACCCACACUGGGGAGAGAAAGUUCCAGUGCCUGGAGUGUGGCAAAAGAUUUAUCCACAAAAGUUAUCUUAACACACACAUCCUCACCCACACUGGGGAGAGAAAGUUCCAGUGCCUGGAGUGUGGCAAAAGAUUUAUCCACAAAAGUUAUCUUAACACACACAUCCUCACCCACACUGGGAAGAGAAAGUUCCAGUGCCUGGAGUGUGGAAAAAGAUUUAUCACCAAAAGUAAUCUUAACACACACAUCCUCACCCACACUGGGGAGAGAAAGUUCCAGUGCCUGGAGUGUGGCAAAAGAUUUACCCACAAAAGUAAUCUUAACAAACACAUCCUCACCCACACUGGGGAGAGAAAGUUCCAGUGCCUGGAGUGUGGCAAAAGAUUUACCCACAAAAGUAAUCUUAACAAACACAUCCUCACCCACACUGGGGAGAGAAAGUUCCAGUGCCUGGAGUGUGGCAAAAGAUUUACCCAGAAAAGUGAUCUUGACAGACACAUCCUCACCCACACUGGGGAGAGAAAGUUCCAGUGCCUGGAGUGUGGGAAAAGAUUUACCCACAAAAGUCAUCUUAACACACACAUCCUCACCCACACUGGGGAGAGAAAGUUCCAGUGCCUGGAGUGUGGCAAAAGAUUUACCCACAAAAGUAAUCUUAACAAACACAUCCUCACCCACACUGGGGAGAGAAAGUUCCAGUGCCUGGAGUGUGGCAAAAGAUUUACCCAGAAAAGUAAUCUUGACAGACACAUCCUCACCCACACUGGGGAGAGAAAGUUCCAGUGCCUGGAGUGUGGGAAAAGAUUUACCCACAAAAGUCAUCUUAACAGACACAUCCUCACCCACACUGGGGAGAGAAAGUUCCAGUGCCUGGAGUGUGGGAAAGGGUUUACCCAGAAGGGUUCCCUUGACAGACACAUCCUCACCCACACUGGGGAGAGAAAGUUCCAGUGCCUGGAGUGUGGGAAAGGGUUUACCCAGAAGGGUUCCCUUGACAGACACAUCCUCACCCACACUGGAAAGAAGAAGAGAAAACAGGCAAAAUCAUAGAUGUUGCAGUCCCCGGUGACUCCGGCCUCAGUAGAGCUGAAAGGCACAAAACUACAAAACAUCACGACCUAAAAAGUGACCAAGAACAACAUGGUCACCGACGGACACCGGUGUGACACCAGUGAGAGAAGCUGCAGCAGAGGAUCACCCAUCAAAGAGAAGAAAUCUGGCAGAUAACAAGCUUCCUGCAAGACCAAAACCACACAAGGAACCUCCUCAAGAAAACAGACAGAAUGACAGCAAGGCGCAGCGCAGGCAGCGGCCGGCCGGCCGGGCGGGAGACCGGCAGGGAGGGGCCGAGCCCCGGCCGAAGCCUUGGCACCACAGAUGAGGACAAAGACAAGAAAAUAAAGGCCAGAAAGAUGAAGAGGCAGCUUGCAGAAAAGCCAGGGGUGGUGUGCAGGCACGUGGCAAAGACCUCAACAGAAGUACAAGACCCGCCCGAGGAAGAAGUGGCCGAGGGAUGCUGCAUCCACUGCUGCUGGAAGACCCCACGCAGCACCAGGCAGCCCCGGGGAUACAGACCACCACGGUUAAACACACAAGUAAACAACAACAAUGCCAGCCGUUCAGCUUACACAGGAAGGUCUGCUGGCCACAAGACUACUGCCACAAACCAGCUGGCAAUACCACCAGUGACUUGUGGGUGUGGUGUGGUGUGGUGUGGUGACUGGCCACAAGACUACUGCCACAAACCAGCUGGCAAUACCACCAGUGACUUGUGGGUGUGGUGUGGUGUGGUGUGGUGACUGGCUCAAAGGUUUAUCCUGAAAUGUGAUCUUGACACACAUGCUCACCCACACUGGGGAAAGGAAGUGCAGCAGGUGUGGUGUUUGUGGCUGUGCUCAUCACUUUUUUCUUUAUUUUUUAGCUUCUUGAUCAAUAAAGUGUUGUCAGCCUUGUACACACAGCUUUGGUUCACUUGCAUAAGGUUUUGGGGGCUCGGGGGUGUUCCUAAGGGGGGCACUAACUGUCCAGGGGUGUUCCUGCUUGUUUCUGUCUCUCUGUGUCUCUGGUUUUGGUGUCUCCCUCCCAAACAUUAUUUUCACAACAAGCUACAAACCAACAUCCCUUCAUUAACACUUAGAUACCUUAACUUAACUCACCCACAAAACUCCCACAAACUGACUAACUUGUUUUUUCUUUAUUGUUUGUUUAUUUUAUUUAUUUUAUUGGUGUUUUUUUUAUUUGAAAGUAGCCAUAUUCUUAAGGUUUUUAUGGUUCUGUUUAUUAUUGUUUGGGCUGUCCUGUGUUUGUGAUUGCUGGACUCAUAUAGAAAUGGGUAGUUUUAUUGAAGGGGUGAAACAAUGACAAUACUGCCUGGCUCUUGCACUAGUGAGGUGGACAGAAUAGGGAUGAGAAUAAAGAGAAAUUGUCAUAGGAAAUACAAACUGGCAGACUUUAGAGUGUAACAGUGAAGGGGUUGAAAAAGUGGAGGUACUGUUUAGCUCUUGCACUAGUGGGGUGGACAGAAUAGGAGAGGAUUCUUAAAAGUUUGGCAUUGUUAGCUUGAAAGAUUAUACUUGAAAGAUUAUUUAUUACAUGUUGAAAGGACAGAAUAAGGAUGAAAAUAUAUAGAAAGUCUUGUGAAGAUACUGGUUAACUCUUGUACUAGUGAGGUAGACAGAAUAGGAGGCCAUUCUAACAAGUUUGCCAGUGUUAGUUUGAAAGGCGAUACUUCAAAAAAAGACUUAUUACAUAUUUAAAGGACAGAAUAGGGGUGAAAAUAAAUGAGAAGUAGAAAGUCUUGUUACCAGGGGGACAUGAGAAAAAUUUUGGCAGUGUUAAUGUGUUUGUUACCGACUUUUUUCACCUCGCAUCACCUCUGUCUCUCUCCUGAACCUCUAAAAAAAUAUGUACAAUGCAUUUAGACAAGUUAGGAAGGAGGUUAAGAGAGAGAGGUGAGAUGAAGUGAGAAUAUUCCUAUGUAUUUUCUGUCAUAACACCUCAUAUCACCUUUUGUCUCCCCUGAACCUCUAAAAAUAUCAACAGUGAGACAUUUAGACAAGUUAGGGAGGUGAAGAGAGAGAGAGAGGUGAGAUGAAGUGACAUUAUUCCUGUCUCUCUCCCAGCGUAAACUUUCAAAAAUAUUUAUAAUGAGAAAUGUAGACAAGUUAGAGAGGUGUAGAGAGAUAGAGGUGAGAUGAAGUGACAUUAUUGUUUUGUUUCUUGCCUAACACCUUUCUCUCUCUCCUUCUCUUGGCCUCUGCCUCCUCAAAAAGAGCCUAUAUAAUAAUAAUAAUAAUAAUAAUUGAUGGUUUAUUGAUCAAGAAAGCUUUACAAAGUCAUUUAUAAAACGUCAUGUCUUGAUUUACAACAAGUGCGUAUCUAUUUAGGUAGCUACAUGAAAGGUAAAAUAAGCUCAAGAAGCUGCUAAAAUAAAUAUAAAACAUGUACAUAGGUAUUUACAAGGCAUUGAGUUUAGAGACAAUAUAUGGUAUUGGAGAGUUCUGGUAUCUUGAGGUCCUACACCUUACUGACUGCAAGAGUUGACUACCUCUCCUUACCUCUCCUUGUUUCCCUACCAUGGACAUCAUGCAAGGUCUGUGGCAACAUAUUUCUGAGCUCGGGUGAGUUGAGCAGUCCCCGUCCAAAAUUUAUUGUUGCUGCUUCUCGUCGCUUGUGUAAUGAUUCUGUACCAAGUAAUUGCAAUGCAUGGUUGUAGUUCAGAUAGGCCUCACCCAAUAUGAUUCUAAAGCAACGCUUUUGAAGUUUUUCAAGUGAAUUAUGCUGUGCACGCGUGAGACCUGGGUGCCAUACAGGUGCAGCAUAUUCUAGGACAGUUCUUAUGUACCAUGUGUAUAGUAUGAACAUUACAUUUGGACUAAAAGAAAAUUGUCUUGCUCGAUAUAGGAUAAAAAGGAGACUGCUAGCUCUACUGACAAUGUGAGUGAUAUGAUCGUUCCAAGUAAGAUCUGAAUUAAUGUGAACCCCAAGUAGCUUGCAAGAGUGUACUAUCGGGAGUUCGUAUCCAUUUAAUUUAAGUAGUGGGAAGACGAUAGGUCUUUUGGGUGGGCACACAAUCAUUACUUCACAUUUAAGGGGGUUUGGGCACAUCUUAAUAACUUCACAAUCCCGAGCUAAUUUAUCCAAGGUAUUUUGCAUUGUGAAAGUUACUGUAUUUCUACAUCUACUAUUUCCAUUAUAGUUAAAUCAUCAACAUAUUUGACAUGAAUUGGGGAAUUUCUGCAUAGUCUGUUAAUAACAGCCAAGAAAAUAAUGGGACCAAGACGUGUCCCCUGAGGUACUCCACAUGUUAUCAUAUCAUAAUCAGAAAUAAUAUCAUCAUAUCUAACCCUAUGUUUUCUGUUUGAUAAAAAGUUUGCCACAAACAUGAGCAAUGAAGGUCUACAUCCUAAUAAAAAUAGUUCUGUUAAAGCUACAGUAUGAUAUAUUAAUGAACUGGUGAUGGUACAGGCCUAUAAUACCUUGUAACAACAUUUCAUCAUAAAAUCUGCCAACGCUGGUUCAAUUAUAAUCAUUGUCAUUGCUCAUGCUAAGCUUAGUAUUAUUAUUAUUAUUAUUAUUAUUAUUAUUAUUAUUAUUAUUAUUAUUAUUAUUGUUAUUAUUAUUAUUACUAUUAUUAUUAUUAUUACUAUUAUUAUUAUCAUGUCAUGCAUUAGUGUUUUCAUUUGUUUCCUGCGCUGUCAUUGGUGCAGGAAAUAUCAUGAUGUUUUGGUUGCAAGAGUCCAUGUAUAUAUAGAUUGAGCCAUCGUAUUCAUGUUUAUCAUUGUGUGGUGUUGUAAAUAUACUUUAUCUGUAAAUAAAAAAUGUAUCCUAU